AUGCCAUCAGGUGGCGGUCACACAUCAGGAAGGAUAUGCAUUCUGGCUCACUCGACAACGAUCAGAAUCAAGUUCCUCGAACUGAUACCACACCAAGAUCAGGAUCAUCCCAGCAGGCUAGAAUGCAUCGAUGAUGAGACCAUCACAAUUGAGAAUCAAAGACAACUUCAGACAAUCUUGAAACAACAUCUAUCAAGGCCAGCAUGUAUCGACGACAAUGAAGCAGACCAAUUGGCAUUCAAAGAGUGGGCCAGCAAGAUUGUGAGGGUCGAGUUCCCAUCAAUACUGCUAUCCACUGGAUUGGAGAUCAUCGAUGUUCCAGGCUUCAGCAUCUCUGAUCAUGCAUCAUUGUUCAGCAUCCGCAAACAGUUCUUCAAUGUCUACCCACCCACUGGUGUCAUGUUUUGUUACGACAACACAGCUUUCUCUGAUGGUGAGGUGUUAGCCAUGCCUGAUCUCAUUCACUCAUUACCGAGCGAUCACAAUGAUUCAAUGUUCUUUGUCAACACCAAGAGAUCCAAGAGUGAGGUGGCACUCAACAACAAUAUUGAACAAGGUGAUGAGAUCCCACUCGAGUUGAUCAACUCCUACACAGACAUCUGUUUCUCAAAGCUUGAGAAAUCGAUUCACAAUGCAUCCAAGAGACGAUUCUCAAUUGUCAACGCACAUGAUUUCAUCAAACAACCCAAGUCUGUUGAAACGAGAUACAUAUUCAACCAAUACAUUGACCAACUGAUCAAGUGGAUUGCAAAGAUGUUCCAACAACAAGGUCACAUAUUCCUAAGGAUGAUCGAAAUCGAGUUCAAAGACACCUUCUCGUUAAAUUGA